ACGUCAUCACAGUGACCUGCGCAGAGUUGACAGGAGGUCAUAUCCGGAGCGAUAAGAGGGGUCAUCUGCAUGCAGCGAGUGUGUAGCCUACGGAUGACAGGUGUGACAGCGAGUCUACAGCGUGCAGUUGUUUGAAUCGUUGUCUUUCCUGUCGACGCAGUCCACAGCAUGGCCGACAUCAUGUCCACCGUCCUCGUCACCUGUCCUCUCACACCAGAGGAGCAGCAACGACUGCAGGCUUCGUGUGACGUGCGCCUGGUGCCCGGGUCACCCCGCCCUCUCGCCAGGGAGGUCUUCCUCAAACACGUGCGGGGCGUGCACGGACUCAUCGUUAUGCCUCCCGACAGAGUGGACGCUGAGCUGCUGGACGCUGCAGGUCCACAGCUGAAAGUGGUGGGCACUAUAUCAGUGGGGUUGGAACACAUUGAUCUUGAAGAAUGCAGACGAAGAAGUAUACUUGUAGGCUAUACCCCGGGUGUGCUAACAACAGCUGUGGCUGAGCUGACCGUGGCGUUGCUGCUCAUGACCAUCCGACACUUACAGGACGGUCUACGCUCGGUGCACUCUGGAGUCUGGGGUCAGCAUGGAAACGACCUACUGUGGCUGAGCGGCGUCGAAAUCAGCGGCAGUGUAGUGGGCAUCGUGGGGCUGGGCAGGAUCGGCCUAGGUGUCGCCACUCGCCUGAAAGCCUUUCAACCUGCGCGCAUCGUCUACUGCAGCAGCAACACCGCAAGGCCGGCGCCGACCUGUCCAAGACUUGCCUUACAACUAGUAAGUUGGGAGGAGCUGCUGAGCCAGUCCGACAUUGUCAUCGCAACGUGCUCUAUGAAGGGCACUCAGAAUUACAAUCUCUUUAACGCGGCCACCUUCGCACGCAUGCGGUCUUCGUCCAUUUUCAUCAAUGUCACCCGGGGUGCCCUUGUGGACCAGGAGGCGCUGCUGUCGGCCCUCACGUCAGGCCAGAUCGCGGCGGCAGGCCUGGAUGUCACCAACCCGGAGCCUCUGCCCACCGACCACCCGCUGCUGCAGCUGCCAAACGUCACGGUGCUGCCGCAUCUGGGCUCAGCCACGCGCCGCGCGCGCACCACCAUGUCUCACGUGACCGUCAACAACGUCCUGGCCGGCCUGCAGGGCCAGAUGCUGCCGUCACCAGCACCUUAGCGGCCCACAGCAGAUCACGUGACGAGAAAGGAGCCAGUCAAGAGCUAGUUUUAUUUGCUUGUUGUCAGAUUGAUUUACCUUGUCCAGAGUCGCUGUUUGUUUCGUGAUGUAGGUAGCGAGUAAGAUGUACAAGUUGACCUGUCUGUGGUUCUUCCGUCAUAUCUACGGAUUUAGACAACUGACUCUAGAACUAUUUACGAGUCAUUUACGAGGGCACGAGUAACCUUCAGAUUUUCUGUAAUCAAAAUUACCUCUUUUGUAGGGAAUGUCAACCAUUAAGGUUCUAAUGCAAGACAAGAUUCAGUGACAAACUUUAAUGGCUGGAAUUAGUUGUGCGUGAAGUACACCCUGAGAUUUUGACCAUUGGUAGAAAGAAUGUGAAGCACUAUCACUAUCCUCAAAGAUUAAGUGGAUGGCAUCAGGCUGCGUGUAUGAAAGCUUCAGAGAGUGAAGAGACUCAAGACUCAAAUUCUUGUUACGCCAUUGACCCAACAGUUGCAUUCGUGAGCUUCCCACAGCAGGGGAACCACGCCAUCCCAUCAAUUCUUUCCUCCACUUUUAUUGUACAGCUGGGGUGCUGGAAUUUUUUUUCAUCCAAGGGCCAUUUUGAAAGUUUUAACAUCAAUCGCGGGCCAAACACAAUUAUCUGCCUAAAAAUUAGCCUGUUUGGUCAGCCUGUAGUGCAGUGUGUUAACACUUUUGCAACGUGUCGAAUCCCAGCCUGCCUAUCACUACUCUUCUGUGAGUCACCAUAAUACUCCUUUUCGUUGCACGAAAAGUAAACUCAUAAACCUAACUGUUACUAACCAAAGCUUUUUAAUUGGAAAUCUAUGAAAGGAUAAUGUUGGACACUCGGAGGCCUGAACUGUACACUUAGAAAUGUCGACAACCAUUGUUUUAAUUGUAUGAGCUGACGUGGUCAAUGAACGCUACAUGCAUCAACAGCCAAUAUUAAACCCAAGAAAAUGUUUACUAAUCCAUCGGAUGUCUAUUUAUGAAAACCAGCUCAAAGCA